AUGUCCGGCGCAAGGCAUUGGGAACAGGACAAGGAGGCUACUGUAUACAUUGGUAAUCUUGAUGAGCGCGCAUCAGAUAGCCUAGUGUGGGAGCUCAUGCUCCAGGCCGGGCGCAUCGUGAACGUACAUUUGCCCAAAGACCGUGUCACCCAGUCGCAUCAAGGGUACGGGUUUGUGGAGUUCAUCAGUGAAGAAGAUGCAGAGUAUGCCUCGAGGAUAAUGAAUGGUAUUCGCCUUUUUGGGAAACCAAUUCGCGUGAACAAGGCAUCGGCCGACAAACAGAAAUCCGUGGAGAUUGGCGCGGAGCUCUUCGUCGGUAACCUCGAUCCUAUGGUCACCGAGCAAGUUCUUUAUGAUACAUUCAGUCGCUUUGGAAACCUCACCAAUCUUCCCAAGAUCGCUCGUGACGACAACAACCUGUCUAAAGGCUAUGGCUUUGUGUCAUUCGCGGAUUUCGAAUCCUCCGAUGCAGCGAUUGCCAAUAUGAACGGCCAAUAUCUGAUGAACAAGCAAGUAUCGGCACAAUACGCCUACAAGAAGGAUGGUAAAGGAGAAAGGCACGGUGAUGAGGCAGAACGAAUGUUGGCCGCGCAGGCCCGGAAGCACAAUGUUCGACCACCAACUCAGCAAGCUCCACCAGCCUUUCCUGGAGUGGGUUCGGGUGCUGCACCACCUCUCAUUCCGAACGGUGAUGGCUCUCGACCUGUGAGCACUGCGCCCCAAGCAUCCGACCCUAGCAUGGGUCGAAGUAUGCCUCUGGGCUACCAAAACGUGCCUCCUCCACAAACCCGUCCUAACCUGGGUCCUUCAUCGCUCACCACUCCACCGCCCGGUUUACCUGCCCGCCCACCGCCAUCUCAAGCUGGAUAUGGCGGUCCUCAGUCUUACCUUCCCACUGGAUUCAACGGUACGGGCCAGCAGCCACCUCUCGCACCACAGAACGCGCCGCCGCCUGGAUUUGCCCCACCCCCCGGCUUCGGACCCCCAGCAGGUGCACCAGGUGCUCCGCUUCCUCUCCCACCGGGCUUUCAACAACCAGGACAUGGAGCGGGCCGAUGA